CAGAGGUGCAGGCUCUUUUUAAACUCUUCUGGGCUUCUUCUAGUGUUAGGCCCCCAACUUCACCCUUAUAUUUCUUGCAGGUCGCUCUGCACUUCUCCCGUAAAACUGCUCGGAUUUCGCGUCUUCCGAUUUUAGGCCAGGCAUAUAAAACAAAAUGGGAUUCAUAAUGGAGUUUGCGGAGAAUUUGAUCUUGAGGUUGAUGGAGGAUCCAAAGGAGAGGGAUCGUAAAUUUAGAGAGCACGUUUAUGGAGUAGCGGAAAGAUGUAAGAAAACCAAGGAGAUGUGGAGCUAUCCUCUACGUCCUUAUGGUUUCUGGACCUUUGAGCGCCAUAAUGCACAGUUGCGCUGGGAUCCUCAGAUUAGCCAGGUGCCUGGCCGCAGGGACCCCUACGAUGAUCUUCUUCAGCAAACAUAUGAUCCUUCCUCGAAAUAAACCUGAGACAUCUCGAAACAAUCCGCCGGAUGAUUAAUGCCAUUUCUUGGGGAUAUUGAGGUUAAAUUUAAGUUUUCACAAUGUUUGAUGCUUCCUUUUGUUUGUAGUGCCCAAACAUUGUUAGACUGAUUUCUGGGCUUGAAUAAUUAUUGGUGAGAUUUAGUUGCUAUGGAUGUAUCUUUUGGAUUAACUUUCAUUGCAAUUUUCUUGUAUAAAUAAUACAUGAACAUGAAUAUUCAUUAAGCAUGAGAAAUACUUAGCCGCAUCUUGAGAGCA